AACCACUCAUCCCUCUCGCUGGGAGUUCGUCCCUGUCGCCUCUCGCGGCGUGGCCAUAAGACGUUCGGAGCCCAGUCGGUGCGGGUCACGGGCGUCAGCGUUCGUUUCCGGUUAAAAUCUCUGUGAGGCAGGUUCGGGCCCAGCCUUUCUGCUUUGGCCCUUACAGACCCCAGUCACCUUGCCGGUCGUUUUCCUGCUCAGAACCUUUCUCUGACUCCCGAGUCUCCCCCCGGUCGCCACCCCCCACCCCCAACCGCGUCGAGCACAGUCGUCACUAGGGAGGUGGAUGCAGGCCCUUCGCCCCGCCGCAGGGAGAGCAGAGUGGGGGCAGAGAUGGCGGGGAAAGACGCAGAAAUCUGCGGAGUCGGAAAGUGUGGGAAGAACGGCGGGGAUUGAAACAGAGGCUGCAGCAGAGUGGGGUCACACGGUUGAAGGAGGAAUAGCGAGGGAGGGAAACGGAAAUGGACAAAAAGACUGAGGAGAAACAAGGACACAGAGAGACUUAUACAGAGAACAAAACACGUAGUGAGUGGUCUGGGACAAAGCACAGGACCCAAACCCAGUAUAACCUUACCUGAGAAGGAAGACCAGAAGAAGAGGGGGGAAAAAAAGGAGGAAUGGCUCUUUUCCAGGGACGGUUGACAUUCAGGGACAUAGCCAUAGAGUUCUCUCAGGAGGAGUGGGAGUGCCUGGACCCCGCUCAGAGGUCCUUGUACAGGGACGUGAUGUUGGAGAACUACAGGAACCUGGUCUCCCUGGGUGAGGAUAACUUCCCUCCAGAAGCCGGAAUCCCUUCCGAUGGAUUUGCAAUCAAGGAAUUAUCACCAACAGAGGAUAUUAAUAAAGGAGAAUUUUACCACUUAGUGAUAUUGGAGAGAAAUGGAAAUCAUGGAAUCAAGGAUUUUGAUCUCCAGGAAGUCUGGGAAGAUAUGCAUGAGUUUGAAAGUCAGUGGGGAUAUGAUACAAGAAAUUAUAAAGUGCCUUUGACCCAUAACAAAACUCUCAUUUGUAGAAAAGACCAGCAACUUAAUCAGUCCUCAGUUACUCUUCCUGAAAAGCAGAGUGUUUCUGUAAGAAAUAAUACAUACCAGUAUCUCAUGGGUGGUGAGCCAUUUAUAAGGACUUUGUUAAAACUAGACAAUAACAGAAUUGGUGCUGGAAACCAGUACGUAAACUGCUUGGAAAAUAGAAUUGGAUUAAGUUUGCAGGCACAUCGGGCUGAACUGCAGAGAUUUCACAGUGAGGAGAAAAUGUAUGAAUGUAAUCCAACUGAGAAGUCUGUCAGCAAUGGUUCCUCAGUCUCACCACUUCAAGGAAUUCCUCCCAGUACCAAAAACUUUUGGAAUAAAUCUAGGAAGAUUUCAAAAUACCCUUUAUUACCUGCACAAUACAGGAGAGGUUAUGCUAGAGGAAAAUCUUAUAAAUGUAAUGACUGUGGGAAGGCUUUUAGCAAAAGCUCAAAUCUCAUGAGUCAUGAGAGAAUUCAUUGUGGACAGAGACCUUACAAAUGUAAUGACUGUGGCAAAGCCUUUACAGACCGUUCAAAUCUUACUCGACAUAAGAAAAUCCACACUGGAGAGAAACCUUACAAAUGUAACGAGUGUGGCAAAGCGUUUACCCAAUGUGCAAACCUUACUAGGCAUCAGAAAAUACACACUGGAGAGAAACCACACAAAUGUAACGUGUGUGACAAGGCUUUUAACCAAAGUUCAAGCCUUAUGGCACAUCGGAGAAUUCAUACGGGAGAAAAACCUUAUAAGUGUAGUAAGUGUGAUAAGGCUUUUAUCAAACGUUCAGACCUUUGGGGUCAUGAGAGAACUCAUACUGGAGAGAAACCUUACAAAUGUAACGAGUGUGGCAAAGCCUUUGCUGAGCGUUCAAAUCUUACUCAACAUAGAAAAAUCCAUACUGGAGAGAAACCUUACACAUGUAAUGAGUGUGGCAAAGCAUUUACCCAAUUUGCAUCCAUUACUAGGCAUCAGAAAAUACACACUGGAGAGAAACCACACAAAUGUAAUGUGUGUGACAAGGAUUUUAUCCAAAGUUCAAACCUUAUGGCACAUCAGAGAAUUCAUACAGGAGAGAAACCUUAUAAAUGUAGUAAGUGUGAUAAGGCUUUUAUCAAACGUUCAGACCUUUGGGGUCAUGAGAGAACUCAUACUGGAGAGAAACCUUACAAAUGUAAUGAGUGUGGCAAAGCAUUUACCCAUUUUGCAACCCUUAAUACACACCGGAAAAUACACACUGGAGAGAAACCACACAAAUGUAAUGUGUGUGACAAGGAUUUUAUCCGAAGUUCAAGCCUUACGAGACAUCGAAGAAUUCAUACGAGAGAAAAACCUUAUAAAUGUAAUAAAUGUGAUAAGGCUUAUAUCAAACAUUCAGACCUUUGGUGUCAUGAAAGAAUGCAUAUUGGAGAGAACAAAUGUCAUGAGUGUAGCAAAGCCUCUAGUGGAAUGAUCACACUUACUCAGCAUAAGAAAAUCCAUACUGGAGAGAAACCUUAUAAAUGUAAUGAGUGUGGCAAAGCUUUUGCCCUUGCAAAACUUAUGAGGCAUCAGAAAACACAUCAUGAAAAGAAACACAGUAAACCUAAUAUGUGUGGUGGUGCAUUUAUUCAAAGCUUCAGCUUUGGGGUCAUCAAAGAACUCCCGGUAGAAAGAAAACUUGCAAAUAAAGUGAGCAAGUGUUCAAGCUGUACUCAGCAUCACAGAUUCCAUCAAGGAGAGUUAACAUAUGAAACUAAUGUACGUGGCAAAACUUGUAACCAUGGCUCACACCUCACCUGGUAUCAGAAUGUAAAUCUCCGAACCAUACAAAUGGAAUGUAUGGCAAGGCUUAUACAAGGUUAUACCUUGGGGAACAUAAUUUUUUCUAGAGAGAAACCUUACAAAUGUAAUGAGUGUGAUCAGCUUUAUAAAAGUGUACAACUUUGGGAUGGAGGGUAAAAAUAAGUGAAUGGGAUUAAGAGGUACAGACUUCCAAGAAUAAUAAUAAAAAAAAAUGUACAACUUUUGGUCCUGAAAGAAUUUACAACAAAGAAUUCAUACUGGACAGAAACAUUACAAACGUAAUGAAAGUGAUAAUUUACUCAGCCAAUUCUCUCAGUGGACUACCAUAAGAAAAUUCAUACUAGGGGGAACUAGGUUUAUUUUGAGCAUUAAUCAACCUUAGGUGUUAAAUUCCACAGAAAAUUAAAAUUAUUUAAAUUCAUGAGAUGAAGUGUGUCAAUCCAACAAGUAUAUCUGGAAAGACCUAAUCAUCUUCUGUUUAAAUCUCUUUGAAAGAUUUUAUUUUCUUCUGUACAUGCAUCAUGGGACUCAAACUCACAACCACACAAUCAAGAGUCACAUUCUUUUCCGACUGAGCCAGCUAGGCACCCCUAUAAUUUUUUUUUACCACAUUUGCUAUUCUUGGGGCACCUGGGUGGUUUUGUCAGUUAAGUGUCUGACUUCAGCUCAGGUCAUGAUCUCACAGUUCAUGGGUUUGAGCCCCACGUCAGGCUAUGUGUUGACAGCUCAGAGCCUGGAACCUGCUUUGGAUUCUGGUUCUCCCUCUGUGCCCCUCCCCCACUCACGCUCUCUUUCUCUCUCUCAAUUUGAUAUUCCUUGAGGCUACAGUAUUAUUGAGGACUUAAAGCCUCAAGUUUGGAGUCCAUGGAUGUUAUAUUUUCAUUACAUGUGUUUCACUUGUCAACCACAGUGGUCUCAGAAAUGGUAAGGUGAAAGGAACCUAAUUGAUUAGGUAGGUGGUGCUUACUCAUACUCUAUAACCUGGAAAAACUAGGAUGCUAAUUUUAAGAUACAGUAUAAAUCUGAGAGCAUGGGGAGUGGCAGGGAAUAGAUAUAAAUCUAUUAUCUAAAUUGCCAUGUUUUCUGUGGUCAUAGGCACUUCUCUGGAUUCAGUGGUAUCAUUAAGAGCCUUUGUUCAUUUUAUUACAGGCAAGGAUUACUCUAUCAGAUAGAUGGUCAUGAAACAGUAGGUCGGGACACUGAAUGAGAUUUUCAAGUGAGAGUGAUGAGUUACUAAAGAUGGUGUAUGUGGUAGAGAAAA